AUGGCAUCAUCUUUGACCAAACGAAGGGGCGGCAGUGACACCCAGGCUCAAAACUUAUAUCUGGAUGGCGCUGUGCCAUGCCAGUUUGCCAAUUUUGAAGGCGGUACAUACGAGGGUGAUGGCCACUUAUCAGCUUAUGUCGAGUUGGAAGAUAGUGAAGAUACAAGAAGUCUCCUGGCAGGAGAUCCAAAAAUUACGGCUUCGGUGCUUAAGCUGGUCUGGGGACUAGUUCUUCGCUGCUAUACCGGUCAGGAUGAUGUGUGCUUUGCAUAUCAGGAAUUUGAAGAUUCGAAGGCUGCGUUAAAUAUGCUUCUUGCUCGAAUUGCCUUCGACGAGACGACCAAUAUUCAAAAAAUGGUCCAGAAGAUCCAGCACGCGCAUCAAGAAAAUGCACAGGAUUGUUAUAGCGAGUCUUUGAAGCAUAUGUGCAAUACUGCACUUUUGCUGAAGGACUAUAAGGGGCUGACACCAGGCGUUGCCUCACUACAUUCGUUUUCUCAAUUCCCCGAGCAUUACUCUCUUCUUCUUGAAUUACAGAACUCCAGCAGUGGACCAAAACUAUACCUCCAUUACCGCACCGACCGCUCAUCCAUGGAACAGGCGCGCAAUAUUGCAAGCACCGGACACACAGUAUUGAGGGAGAUCGCGAGAAGGCCCGAUAGUUGUAUUGGCAACAUAAACUACGUGAGCCAAUUUAAUAUGGAGCGGUUAUGGGACUGGAAUAGCAGGGCGCUAGAGGCAGUUGAAAGUUGCAUCCAUGAUGUUAUCCGCGACCAAGCUGUCGCGCGUCCUCAUGCGGAGGCAGUAUGCGACAAAGAUGGGUCUCUCUCAUAUUACGACCUUGACAAGAUCUCGUCUAGAUUGGCGAUGCAUCUCACAAAACUUAAGAUCGGCCCAGGGAUGUUUGUGCUAUUGUGCCUCCACAAGUCUAUUUGGAACGUCGUGUCUAUGUUGGCGGUACUUAAGACAGGAGCCGCAUUUGUACCUCUGGACCCUGCUGCACCGAUGGCUAGGCUUCAAGCCUUGUCCACCAGCGUUGGGUCGUCAUUCGUAAUUUGCUCCCAGCAGUUUGCGCAUAUCCUAUCCUCAGUCGUGGAAAACGUCAUACCCAUUGACGGGGAAAUGAUCGGACAAUUGCCCGAUUCCCAACUGGUUGCCCGAUUACCAAAAGUACAAAAUACUGGUAUAGCGUACAUGAUCUUCACUUCCGGCACCACGGGCAUGCCGAAAGGAACCAUGAUUGAGCAUCGCGCUUUCUGCUCGAGUGCUAAGUACCAUGCUCACGUACAACUCAUGAAUUCUGAAUCACGGGUUUUGCAAUUCGCGGCACAUACGUUCGAUGCUAGUCUGGUAGAGAUUUUGACCACACUUAUGGUAGGGGGCGUAGUGUGCAUUCCCAGUGAGGAUGAACGGCUCAAUAUGAUUACAGAGGCUAUAAACGCAAUGAAAGUCAAUUGGGCCGUUCUCACACCCUCCUUCGUGGGGUUUAUCGACCCAGCAGACGUGCCGGGAUUGAAAACUCUGGUGUUGGCUGGUGAAGCGAUGAGUGAGAGCCACAUCGCAACAUGGUCGAAGAUCAACCUUGUAAAUGGGUAUGGCCCAAGCGAAUGUUCAGUCUGCGCCGUGGCCAACUCAUGUGUUACUACGGAGACUUCUCCGACGAAUAUCGGGUGGCCUGUGGGUGUUCAUACCUGGGUUGUCGAUCGAUACAACCAUGAUAAUCUUGUCCCGAUUGGGUGCGUCGGAGAACUACUUAUCCAGGGACCGACCCUCGCAAGAGGCUAUCACAACCAGCCAGAUAAGACUGCUGAGUCUUUUGUGCCACCCCCAUCAUGGGAUAAACAGCAAAAGUGGCCAUGCUAUAAGACUGGGGAUCUAGUUCGCCAAAACAUAGAUGGCUCUUUGUCUUUUGCUGGUCGGAAAGACACACAAGUUAAGGUCCAUGGACAACGCGUCGAACUUGGGGAGAUCGAGGCUCACCUGAACGUCGACGAAGAUGUUAAGCAUGCACUGGUGCUUCUACCAAAAAUUGGCAAAUUGAAUAGGCGCCUCAUCACAGUUUUAUCAUUGUCCGACUGCCAUGCCGUGGAUGGAGACGAGCGCGUUCUUUGCCUUACGACCGAACAAACCACGCGAAUGCAAAUAGUUCGCGAACGUUUGCAAUCGCAGCUUCCAAUACACAUGGUGCCGACGACAUGGCUAGUUGUCGGAGCCAUUCCCCUCCUUCCAUCGGGGAAGCUUGAUCGGAAGAGAGUUGCCACCUGGGUGGAUAGCAUCGACGAUUACUCCUACCGUCGUGUUGUGGGCAUGGCUGCGACUACGCUACCUACUGAAGAGUCGGCGACAAAAGCUGCUACCGAAAUAGAAACCAAGCUGAGAGAGAUCUGGAGCCAUGUUCUCAACGUCGACAUAGAUCAAGUCGGGCUAGACAGCAAGUUCACAGGCCUCGGAGGUGAUUCAAUCUCGGCGAUGCUGGUUAAAGGGCAAUGCGCGAAGAAAGACAUUAGCCUCACCGUUCAGGAGAUUUUGCGAAGCACAUCGAUCACUCAGCUCGCCCAAUGCGCCAAAGCUGUCGACCGCCCAUCUUACCAUGAGGAGUUGAUUGAGCAUAAUUUUGAUCUUUCUCCCAUUCAACAGAUGUUCUUUAAACUCCCUAACCAAGGAAAGACCCAUUUCAACCAAAGCUUCUUCUUACGAGUGGCGCACAAAAUCCAAAUGAAACAUUUGCAAACUGCGAUCGAAACUCUCGUCAAGCGCCACUCGAUGCUGCGGGCUAGAUUUAGUUACUCCGACACCGACAACAAAUGGCAACAACGCCUUACUGAGAAUAUUUCAGGGUCAUAUCGACUUAGAGCAUAUGAAGUUGAUGACCCCAAGUCGGCCGAACCUGCGAUUGCCGACAGCCAAAAGUCUCUCAAUAUCGUUAGCGGUCCACUCUUCGCCGCCGAUCUCUUCGAUGUCGCUGGGAGUGACCAGCUUUUGUUUAUGGUUGCCAACCAUCUGGCGAUCGACCUGGUGUCCUGGCGUGUUAUCCUUGAAGAGAUCGAGGAGCUAUUGCUAGAUCCGGAACUAGCUUCUAUACAGACCGUGGAAAAACCCCUAUCUUUCCAAACAUGGUGUCAAAUCCAAGCAGAGCAUUCUCAGAAAAUCAAGCUAGAUACCGCCCUUCCCAUUGAUGUACCAAGCAGUGAAGAAUCGUACUGGGGAAUGCCCGAAGGAUCAAAUACUUAUGGCAACGUCAUCACAGAGGGCUUUGAAGUGGACUCGGUGACAACUGCAAAGAUGUUGACGCAAUGCCAUGAUGCCCUUCGAACAGAACCUAUCGAUGUACUCCUUUCCUCGUUAAUAUAUUCGUUCGCUCGAAGCUUCAAUGACCGUUCUACUCCUGCGAUAUAUAACGAAGGACAUGGGCGCGAUGCAGAAAAUAUACCAGUAGAUUUGUCUAGAACUGUUGGCUGGUUCACCAUUAUGUAUCCUGUCCAUGUCCCACAGUCAGCCGUGCAGGACAUCGUCGCUCUUGUCAGAGAGGUAAAGGAUCUCCGCCGAAGAGUUCCGGAUAAUGGCAGGCAAUACUUUGCAAGUCGAAACUUGACUAGCCAAGGCCACUCACGAUAUAAUCAUCACUGGCCCCUUGAGAUUGCGUUCAAUUAUCUCGGUCAAUAUCAACAACUUGAACGGAAAGACUCCCUUUUAAGACCUGUUGAGGCUAUGGCGGGUGAGGCCCGCGGCGCAGGAGGAUCUGCAGACGUUGGCGAGGAUACCCCUCGGUUUGGACUGUUUGAGAUUUCCGCGGUCAUUAUUCAGGGCAAGCUCCGCUUCUCCUUUACGUUCAAUCGCCACAUGAAACAACAGGAUAAGAUUCGCCAAUGGAUUUGGGCUUGCCAGCAAACUGUCGGCAAAAUAGCCGAGACCCUAAUGCGCGCGGAACCACAGGCCACCCUGGGGGACUUCCCUCUACUCUCUGUCAGCAACGAUGGCCUCAAAACAAUGGUCACAGAGAGACUGCCAUCCAUUGGAAUUUCCAAAAUCGAUGAUGUGGAGGAAAUAUAUCCAUGUUCCGCGAUUCAAGACGGCCUUCUUAUCAGCCAGAACAGGAGCGAUGCCUUCUACGCGAUCCAGGUCAGUUAUGAGCUGAGGGUGCUGGGUGAUAUCCCGGUAGACGGCAAACGUCUUGGACAAGCAUGGCAGCGGGUGGUAGAUCGCCACCCAGCCCUUCGAACCGUUUUUAUCGAGAGCGUCAGCGAUGGCGAUGGGGAUGGCCUUUACGAUCAGGUUGUUUUAAAACAUAUUUCUGCAGAUAUCUCCAACAUUCGUUGCAGCAAUGCGAACGACGCACUCCGCGUACUCGGUGAAAAGGACCUAGUCAGCUACAUCAAUACGCAUCAACCCCCGCACAGAUUUACUGUCUGCGAGGCACCUGAUGGAAAGGUGUUUUGUAAGUUGGAUAUUAGCCAUGCCAUUCUGGAUGGGACCUCAAUGUCCAUUCUAUUCCAGGAGCUGGCAGCUGCUUAUGAAGGUCUACUAUCCGAGAGCACUGGAACCCCAUAUAGCCGCUACAUUGCCUACCUUCAGAGUUUACCUCGCGAUAUGAGUAUCGCAUAUUGGAUGGAAUACUUGUCUGGAAUAGAGCCUUGUAUCUUUCCGGUCCUCAAUGAUGGGCAAUCUGUUGCUAGAGAGCUCCACACCAGGCGCCUUCAGUUCAAACAGAGUCAAUUCAUCGAAUUACAAAAGCUCUGCCAGAACGCUGGUGCUACACUGUCCAAUGUCUUCCAUACUGCAUGGGCUUUGACGUUGCGAUGCUUUACAGGAUCAGAUGAUCCCUGCUUUGGUUACUUAACCUCCGGAAGGGAUGCUCCCGUGGAUGGGUUGGAGAACGCUGUUGGCGUAUUCAUCAACAUGCUCGUUUGCCGAGUAGGCAUCGCACCAGUUAGUCGUCUGGGCGCGAUUCUGGAUCAAGUCCAGAAAGACUACCUGGACAGCUUACCUCACCGUGAGACCUCCCUGGCGGAAAUACAACAUGCCCUCAAACUGGGAAACAAUCAUCUCUUUAAUACCGCACUUUCCUACCGAAAGCUUCCAAAGGAACCCGCCUCCCGCCCCAACGUCUCUUUCUCCGAAUGCAUCCCUAUAUACGACCCCACUGAAUAUAGCGUCUCUCUCAACAUCGAGGCGUCGGAUAACAAUAUUGCUAUUGAUUUGGAUUACUGGACCGAUCAUAUUUCUGAUGACCAGGCUAAUAAUGUCGGGAGCACAUUCCUAAAAUGUCUUCAAAAUGUUAUUAGUUCUUCUGAUCAUGUAGUCGACCAUCUAGAUUUUGUGAGCGGGGAGAAUUGCGAAACAAUUCAGAAAUGGAACUGUCAGAUGCCAGUAACUAUUGAUGAUUGCGUUCAUAAGAUCAUUGAGAGAAAAUCAGACAAACAGCCCAAUUCUCCCGCCAUCAGCGCCUGGGAUGCCGAAUUUACUUACGCCGAGCUCAAUAACUUAGCUACACGGCUUGCUUUGCACCUUGUUAAGAUGGGUGUUGCCCCUGGGACCUUUGUCCUCACCUGCUUCGACAAAUCCGGAUGGACAGUGGUGGCGAUGCUGGCAGUUUUAAAGGCUGGAGCUGGUGCCGUCCCCUUAGAUGCAACAUAUCCUGCCAGUGCUGUGGAACUACGGCUACGGGAAACAAAGGCAGACAUCGUCCUCGUUUCGCCGCAACGUGUUAGCCUCUUUGCAGACAUGAACGUUCAUGCUGUAGUUGUCGACAAAGCGAAUCUCGAACAAAUGCCCUAUGGCGAACUCCGUUCGUCAGUGGGUCCUGGAGAUCCUUGCUUCAUUAUCUUUACCUCUGGUAGCACUGGCACGCCAAAGGGUGUUGUUCUCGAGCACCGUGCUAUCUCCAGCAGCGCUCAUGCGACUGGCUCAGUUUACGGUUGGGGAUCACAUUCGAGGGUCCUUCAAUUUGCCUCCUAUACUUUUGACAACUCCCUCGCUGAAAUAUUUAUAACCCUCACUCGAGGAGGUUGUGUGUGUGUCCCAUCUGAGCAUGAACGAUUCAAUUCUCUAGCAGAGACUGUUAAUAAGCUUCGGGUCAAUUUUAUGGACAUCACACCCACGGUCGCUACCUUCCUCCGUCCAUCGGAUGUUCCAACAGUAAAAGGCCUUUCCCUUGGUGGCGAGCCGCUCACAAAAGAGAAUAUUGAGGUAUGGGGAAAGGCUGUCGCACUCCACUGUUGCUAUGGCCCCUCCGAGUGCUCGAUCAAUUCCGUUUGGAAUGGAGACCUUUGCAAAUCGAUGGAAGCAACCAAUAUUGGCAGAGCGAUUGGUAGUAUAUCAUGGAUUGUUGACCCAUCAAAUCAUAACCGCCUAACACCCAUUGGUUGUGUGGGUGAACUACUUAUAGAAGGCCCUAUCCUAGCUAGGGGAUAUCUCAAUGAUCCGGAAAAGACGUCUAACAGCUUUAUUGAACAACCGGCAUGGGCACCCGGGAAUGGUAGACGGAUGUACAAAACUGGAGACUUAGUUCGAUAUAAUUCUGAUGGGAGCAUUACUUAUCUGGGACGAAAAGAUACUCAAGUCAAGUUGAACGGGCAGCGCCUUGAGCUCGGGGAGAUCGAGCAUCAUGUGAAACAGAAUCUUCCAUCUGAAGCUCAAUCUGGCGUUGAACUUAUUUCCUUUGGUCCGGAAGGAAAGGCUACCAAAGCUAUUACGGCCUUCUUCUCACUAGAAUCAUACGGUGUCCCUACUGCAGGUCAAGAUGACCUAUUGCUCGAUAUGUCACAAUCUGUACGAUCAAUGUCCAUCGACUUGCAGGCCGCCAUAUCGAAUGCGGUCCCAGCCUACAUGGUACCGAGUGUGUUCAUUCCAGUCAAGGCUUUGCCCAUGACAUCGUCUGGGAAAUUAGAUCGUCGGCGCUUGAGAAUUAUUGGCUCGUUGCUAUCCGAGGAUCAAGUUGCCAUGUACCGCCUUUCCGGAACGUCUGGACGAGCCCCAUCGACGGAGAUGGAACAAGUCAUGUCCAAACUGUGGGGAUUUGUCCUCAACAUUGAUUCUAAUUUGAUAAGUGCCGAAGAUAACUUCUUCGGGCGUGGCGGGGACUCUGUCGGAGCUAUGAAACUCAUAAGCGCUGCCCGUGGCAAAGGAAUCUCUUUGACAGUUGCCAAUGUCUUCCAAAAGCCUACUCUAUUAGACCUCGCGGCCGAUGCUACGACUCUUCCCGGAACUGAAAUUUCCAACAUCUUGUCUGUAAUUAAACCCUUCAGCAUGCUGCGAACCGACGACAUCAACAAAUUGAUCCUGGAGAUCUCAACAAAGUGCCGUGUGGAGGCUGAGUCUAUCGAGGAUAUAUAUCCUUGCACCGCCCUCCAAGAAGGUCUUGUUAGUUUAUCUAAUAAGGAUCCCGGUGCCUAUGUUGCCCAAAAUAUAUAUCGUUUAGCUCCAAGCAUCGAUCUCGAUAGGUUCCGCGCAGCGUGGCAAAGAGUGGUGGAAGCCGAGGUUAUUCUCCGGACACGAGUUGUAUAUACAGAGUUCUUCGGAUUCCUCCAGGUUGUCGUCCGAGAACCUAUUACUUGGCACCAGGCGGGGAGUCUGACAGACCUCGGCGAAGUAGAUCGACAACUACCAGCAUAUAAUGGUGGUAUCCUUUCACGUUACACUAUUACAGGUGAAGCUAAAAACGACCCUCACUUCGUGUGGACCGCUCAUCAUGCGCUCUAUGAUGGAUGGUGUAUUCCUAUUAUGCUCGAACGAGUAGAAGCUUGCUACUAUGAUAUAAAGUCCGCGGAUUUGAUGACUAUCCCGACCUAUUCCCAGUUCAUCAAAUACCAUUCAGAGAUUGACAAGGAUUCAUCAGAUACUUUCUGGAGAUCCCGCCUCUCGGAGCCGAUAUCGACGCACUUCCCAGCACUUCCUAACCCAGCUUAUCAAGUUCAUGCAACUAGCCUGGCAUCAUCCACUACUCAUAUCACUCAGCCCGACACACGAAUCACAUUGCCUACCACUAUUAGAGCGGCAUGGGCACUGGUCGUCGCAGUAUACUCCGGUAGCCCCAAGGAAGUCGUGUUCGGGGAGAUCUUAAGCGGAAGAGAUGCUCCUGUUCCCGGAAUUGAAGAUCUGAUAGGACCAACGCUGGCGACCGUGCCGACAAGGAUACUCAUCGACCCUGACACCAGAAUCAUGAAGUUCCUGGAAGAUCUGCAAGCAUAUCUGGCAGAAGCUGUUCCUUAUCAGUUCGCAGGUCUUCAAAAUAUCAAGCAACUUAGUGAGGAUGCAGCUAUUACGUGUGGGUUCCAAAAUCUUUUGGCUAUUAAUCAUGAUAGCCAGUCCUCUGAAAGCGGGUUCUGGAACCUGCAGAGUAGUGGAACAGUUGGGACCAAUUUUAUGUCCUAUCCCCUCACGGUGUCUUGUCAGAUUGCAGGAAGCAAAGUUGAACUAGAAGCCACGUACGACCAUCAUGUCAUAUCCACCUGGUUGAUAGACAAUAUGCUUCGUCAGUUCGAUUUUGUGCUUGGGCUCCUCAACUCCCCUGACAUCCGCCGAUCCAAACUAGGUCAGAUCACGCUUUUAAAUCCAGGAGAUGAGAAGAAAAUAUUGAGCUGGAACGGCGAGCCUACACAUCCUGUCAAUGAAUGUGUCCACAAUCUCAUUGUGCGGCAGGUCCUUUCCCGACCAGGACCGACAGUUGCGGUGGAUGGAUGGGAUGCUACUUUUACCUAUCAACAGCUCGACGAUAUCUCGACACGACUAGCGGUUUAUCUUGCAAAGCAGGGUGUCAAGGGCACAUUCGUGCCACUUUUCUUUGAGAAAUCCUCUUGGACUAUCGUUGCGAUGCUCGCCGUCUUGAAGUGUGGUGCUGCAUUUGUUCCUCUUGAUGUUGGGGCUCCAGUCGCACGUCUGCAGGAUAUUAUCCAGGACACCCAGCCAAAAGUUGCAUUGUGUUCAUCUCGCCUCCAGACCCAAUGUGCCUCUCUCGUGGCCCGCUCGAUUGGUGUGGACUGCGAAAUGCUGGAGCGCCUACCUGACGAAGGCGGACCACUGUCCCCCGGAGAUCACAACAGCGUUGCAUAUCUGAUAUAUACUUCUGGCUCUACCGGGAAGCCCAAGGGAACGAUUAUAAAUCAUUCUGCUUUUUGUGCAGGUGCCCUUGCCCAUGGAGCAGCUCAACGAAUGGGCCCUACCAGUCGGGUUCUGCAAUUUGCAUCUUAUACCUUUGAUGCCAGUCUCCUUGAGAUCCUUACAACCUUGAUCGUUGGAGGCACCGUUUGUGUCCCAAGUGAGGAGUCUCGCAUUAACACUCUUGCCAAGGUUAUGAACGACAUGAGCGUAACGUGGGCUCUGCUAACACCGUCGGUCACCCAAUUGCUCCAACCUUCCGAAGUUCCCACUCUUCGCAUUCUUGUCCUUGGUGGUGAAGCUAUGUCCCAGAGCCAUAUAUCGAAGUGGGCGGAUAAUCUUGAACUUAUCAAUGCGUAUGGGCCGAGCGAAUGUUCAGUCGUCGCGACCGUCAAUCCUCAUAUGUCUAUGUCCACCGAACCCAACAACAUGGGUCGGGCAGUCGGUGGUCGUGCUUGGAUUACCGAUGUGACAAACUACAAUCGACUUGCUCCCGUGGGAUCCAUUGGAGAGCUUGUAAUUGAGGGACCAAUUCUUUCCCAGGGUUAUCUCAAAAAUGAUGCCAAAACCGCAGAAUCCUUCAUAGAGGGUCCCGAGUGGGCUCAUACCAACAUUACCCAAGGCGCAUUUACAAAACGCAGGAUGUACCGGACUGGCGAUCUUGUCAAAUAUACGCCUGAUGGAAAUUUGCUAUUCUGCGGACGCAAAGACACCCAAGCUAAGCUUCAUGGUCAAAGGCUAGAGCUAGGUGAAGUUGAACAUCACCUUAGAAUGGAUGCAUCCAUCCAACAUGCUUUAGCCAUUAUUCCCAAAUCUGGCUAUUGCAGCAAGAGACUUGUGGCAAUCUUGUCGCUUCAGGAGCCAACUGCAACUAGUUCCACUACAGGGGAACUUGGCUUGGUUGUUCGCGAGGCCGGCAGUUUUAAUUUGAACGCUAUCAGGGAGCGACUGUGUAGUCAUUUACCAUCAUACAUGAUACCGUCGAAUUGGGUAAUACUAGAAAAGCUGCCCUUGCUCCCGUCUGGGAAACUAGAUGGUCGCAAGAUACAAAGAUGGGUUGAGCAAAUGAGCGCCGAAACCUAUCAACAGAUAUCGGACAUCGAAAGCGAAAAUGAUGGCGAAGCAGGUACUGUUAUCGAACGGCGGCUGCAGAAUAUAUGGGCUGCAGCUCUCAACUUACCUGCUAGUAAGAUUGGACUACGGAGCUCCUUCUAUCAUCUUGGAGGCGACUCGAUAACCGCAAUGCAAGUUAUGUCCACAUGUCGUGCUGAAAAUCUCGGUGUGACUGUUCGGGAUAUUAUCCGGAGCAAGUCCAUUUCGCAACUGGCGCUCCUUGUCACACUACCUGAGGUUGAACAAUCCAGCAUCGAAGAGCAGUUGGAAUCUCUCUUUGAUCUUUCCCCGAUCCAGAAACUUUAUUUCGAGUGCGUCGGUAGCAAAUGGGCACAUUUCAAUCAGAGUGUAAUGGUUAGAUUAGCGCGAAGAAUUGAGACGAAGGAGCUGGCCCUCGCCAUUGAAUCGAUAAUGCUCUCCCAUUCCAUGCUGCGAGCCAGAUUUAGCAAGAAUGAAGCCGGCGAGUGGCAGCAACGAAUAAUGCAGAAUGUAUCCAACGCCUACCGGUUUAAUGUCAUCACUACAACCACUGACAAGGUCGCUUCAGUUGUGGAAGCCAGUCAAAAAGGUCUUGAUAUUCAAAAUGGUCCCACAUUUGCAGUUGACCUGUUCGAGAUUGAAAAUGAAGACUAUCAACUAGUAUCACUUGUGGCCCACCACCUCGUCAUUGAUGUUGUUUCUUGGCGGGUCAUUCUGCAGGAUCUCGAAGAUGUUUUGAACACAGGGGCGUUGAAGCUGCAGAGCUCCCUACCCUUCCAAACAUGGUGUCAUCUCCAGGUAGAGGAUGCGGCAAGCACAAUGUCCAAAACCAACUGUCCUCUCGAGAAUGUCCCAGUAGCAGAUCUUAACUAUUGGGAUAUGGCCGGCAAGUCCAACGUCUACGGCGAUACAGUUGAGGGGGGAUUCGAAAUUAAUCCUGAAACAUCAUUGUUGCUUCUUGGGACAUGUCACGACUCCCUUCAGACCGAACCGGUCGAUGUCUUCCUUGCAGCCACCCUCCAAUCAUUCCGUAGGGUUUUUCCAGAUCGAAGCUCUACACCUGCAAUUUAUAAUGAGGGGCAUGGACGCGAACCAUGGGAUGACACGAAACUUGACAUAUCGCGAACAGUGGGCUGGUUUACUACCAUGUGUCCGAUAUUCCUCCCAUCCAACAUUGAAGGAGACACAGAUCUAAUGAGUACGAUCCGUUGGACGAAGGAUUUGAGAAGCCGUAUUCCAGCAAAGGGUAGACCAUAUUUUGCCCAUCGACUUCUCACGGAGGAGGGAAGGCAGCAGUUCUCUAGCCAUUGGCCUAUGGAAAUCACGUUCAACUACCUCGGAAAAUUGCAGCAAUUAGAACGAAAAGAUGCUUUACUGCAGCCAGUUGAGGGAGCCACUAAUACAGACUUCGAUACUAGUCCAGAUGUUCCGCGGUUCGCCUUGAUCGAGAUCUCGGCAGCUGUCACAAACGGUGCAAUCAAGAUCUCUUUUUCAUAUAAUCGGCAUAUGAAGCGUCAAGCUAAAAUUAGGCGUUGGAUUGUGGAAUUCAAAAGAUUCCUCCAGGAUGCUGCAAAACAGCUGAUGCAAUCGACACAGGAACGCACACUGAGUGACUUCCCUCUUUUGCCCCUCGCAUAUAACGGCAUGGCAAAUCUUACUAAGAAACGCGUUUUGCUUGGUAUUUCCACUUUGGAUGAGAUCGAAGACGUAUACCCAUGUGCUCCGACCCAGACGGGAAUGCUGCUAGCCCAACUCAAGAACCCAAAUCUCUAUGCAUACUCUGCGGUUUUUGAAGUUCGUCCUUCCCAACCCGGGUUGGCCAUCAACACCCAACUACUCGCAGAAGCAUGGCAAGCAGUUGUUCGGAGGCACGCUACCCUAAGGACCGUUUUUAUUGACAGCAUUUGUCAAAGUGGUCUGACUGAUCAAGUCGUCCUAAAGGAUAGAAUUGCGAGAAUUACCUGGUUGGAAUGUGAAGAUUCCGAGAUCCUAUCUACACUUGAUGCGCAAACUCCCCUCAAUUUCCACGACUUUCAACCCCCACAUCGGCUUACAAUAUGUACAACUAAUACUAAUCGAAUAUUUUGCCAGCUUGAAAUGAGCCACGCAAUCUCAGACGGCACCUCAAUCCCUAUACUAUUGCGGGAUAUUUCGAAUGCUUACAAGGACAGUUCAUUAAGAGAUUUCACAAGCCUUAUCUCUUACCACGAAGACGAUGAUUUAUCAAUCAGCAAGCCAAAAUCAAAUCUUAUUGGCCCCCUUUAUAGCGAGUACAUUGCACAUAUACAAUCAAGCUCCUUCGACCAACACAUCAAUUACUGGAAGGUUUACCUUGAUGGAAUUGAGCCCUGCCAUCUCACUUCGCUCAACGAUGGUAUAAAGGAGAAGGAGCUACAAUCUGUAGUUCUCAAUAUCACCCAGGAACACAAACUCCGGAACUUCUGCGCCCAAAAUGGAUUGUCACUCUCAAAUGUCCUUCAGCUUGUAUGGGCUAUGAUACUUCGCUGUUAUACCGGGUCCGAUGAGGUUUGCUUCGGCUACCUUACUUCUGGGAGAGAUGCACCAAUCCGUGGAAUCCAAGAUGCUGCUGUGGGUGCAUUUGUCAAUAUGUUGAUUUGCCGAAUCAACCUGACAGAUUCUUUCCUACUCGGCCAGGCUCUUGAGAAAAUUCAGAUGGACUUCGUCAACAGCAUGGCACACCAAAGUUGCUCCCUGGCGGAUGUGCAACACGAGUUGGGGCUUUCUGGCACAUCGCUAUUUAACACGGCAUUUGCUUUCCAAAAUCGUUCCAACAUGAAUCCGUCUGAUGAUUCUCCUUUCAUAUUCGACGUUGUGGAUGCCCAUGACCCAAGUGAAUAUGAUGUUACUGUUAAUGUCGAAGCCCUCGAUUCUAGAGUCGAAGUUCAUUUUGGAUACUGGACCACUGUGCUUUCGGCAUCUCAAGCUGCGAAUAUUGCGGCCACAUUCGAGCAUAUUGUGGACACCAUUAUUUCUGAUAAACAUGACAAGUCAGAUAGAACUAUUGCAGAUUUGGAUUUUUUCAGUAGCCACAGCCGCCAGCAAGUUCUUCAAUGGAACCAAACGCUCCCUCCGAAGGUUGAGAAUUGCAUACACGACAUGGUUCGCCAGCAUGCCCUAACCCGUCCCAAGAGAACACCAGCAAUCACUGCUUGGGAUUCGGAGCUCAGCUACCACGAGCUGGACAGCCUAGCUACACGUUUAGCAGGUUAUUUAGUUGAACAAGGCGUCGGAGAGGCAACACAUGUGCCAUUAUGCUUUGACAAGUCGGGAUGGGCAGUGGUCUCUAUGAUCGCUGUUAUGAAGGCUGGAGGCACAAUUGUCCCACUUGACCACACACACCCUGAGGGUAGAUUACAACAAUUCAUCAACGAUGUCGACGCCACUUUGGUUCUUUGUUCUCAAAAGAACCAAGAGAAAAUUGCCAGUAUUGCUAAGCAGGCAAUUGUUAUCAAUCGCUGCACCAUGGAACGGCUAAGUAAGCCAUCAAAGGCUCCGAUCUUGCCGACUAUAACUUCGGACCAUUCAGCUUAUAUUAUCUUCACGAGUGGUACUACAGGUCGCCCGAAAGGUACAAUUAUUGAACAUGGUGCAUUCUGCACUAGUGCGAUCGAGCAUAGCAAGGCGAUGUUCAUGCGGUCGGACUCUCGAGUAUUCCAAUUCGCGUCUUAUACUUUUGAUGCUUCAAUUAUGGAGAUUCUAUCAACCCUUAUCGUUGGCGGUUGUGUUUGUGUACCAUCCGAACAAGAGAGGUUUAACGACAUACCAGGUGCCAUCAACAGAAUGGGAGUCACCUGGACCUUAUUGACUCCCGCAGUGGCAAGCACUUUAUCCCCUGAAAGUGUACCAGGAUUAAAGGUGUUGGUCACUGGAGGGGAGGCAAUGUCUUCUGGCCACAUUUCAAAAUGGAAAGGGAAAACCGGCCUCGUCAAUGCAUAUGGACCAAGUGAGACCUCUGUCAUUGCUACUACGAGCACCAAGGUGGAUGAGGUGGGGAAUGAAGUCAACACAGACCCGGGCAACAUUGGACGCGCAGUUGGAGGGCGCACUUGGGUUGUUGAUCCGCGGAAUUACAACAAGCUGGUCCCUAUCGGAGGUAUUGGCGAGUUGGUCGUCGAAGGUAGAACCGUCGCUCGUGGAUAUCUGAACAACGAGCAGAAGACUUCCGAGGUAUUUAUCGAUAACCCAGUAUGGUUAAACUACUUUGAGGAGAAGGAAAGAGUAUAUCGAACAGGUGAUAUUGUCCGCUACAACUCGAAUGGUACCUUGAGUUUCGUGGCUCGAAAAGACACCCAAAUAAAGCUCAACGGUCAGCGAAUUGAGCUCGGUGAAAUCGAGCACCAUGUGGCAACCAUUCUCCCUGGAGACUGCCAGUCAUGCGUCGACUUAAUAUCACCAACUAACAGAGUUGCAAGCAAAGCACUUGCGGUGUUCUUUUCUUCUUCGGCCAUUAACUCUGCAUCCGACGCCGAAAACUGUCGAGUUUCGGGUGCUGACGAUAUUUUAUUGACGAUGUCUGAUACGGCUAGAUCUACGGCCAAAAAUCUGGAUUCAUCGUUGGCAGCGGUCCUGCCAACUUAUAUGAUACCGUCAAUCUAUAUUCCAGUCACCAAAAUGCCGUGGACUAGCUCUGGAAAACUGGACCGGGCGCGCCUGCGCAAUAUCGUGCAUUUGUUGCCGAAAGAAGUUAUGGCAGCAUACCGGCUGGCCGGUUCUGACAGCAAAGGGAAAAUAACCCCAACAAGCCUGAUGGAGAAAAAGCUCCAGAAGCUGUGGGAAACCGUGUUGACCAUUUCACAGCCAGGCUCGGUAGGUAGCGAGGACAACUUCUUCCGACUUGGAGGAGAUAGUAUUAGCGCCAUGCGACUUGUUAGCUCGGCAAAAAAGGAGGGUAUUUCCAUUAGCGUUGUUGAUAUCUUCCGCAAUCCGAAGUUGUGUGAUAUGGCACUGACUUGUGGUGCGGCUGAGGAACAAGUCCAAUCGGAGUUGGGAGCAUUUUCAUUGAUGAAAGGGGAGGAUUCCAUUGCCAAUAUUAUGCCUGAGCUAGUGGAGCAAUGCCGCCUCAACGAAGAAAGGAUUCAGGAUGCUUUUCCAACCAGCCGUCUCCAACAAGGCCUUCUCACAUUAUCAACAAAAUCACCCGGGGCAUAUACUGCUAAAAAUGCUUUCCUACUGCCCGCGGAUCUAGACUUGGACCGUUUCAAGAACGCCUGGCAAACAGUGAUUUCAGAAGUGGAGAUCUUGCGAACUCGAAUAGUACACAUGAAGUCAUCCGCCUUUGUCCAGGUAGUCAUCGAGGACGAACCAAUUCGAUGGAAGGUUGCCCCGAAUUUACAGACCGUCCAGGAUGCGCCGACCCGGUUGCCUAAACACAAUGGUGGUCUUCUCACGGAGUAUACAAUUACCGAUCAACUAGAUAAUGGCGAGCGUUACUUUAUCUGGUCAAUCCAUCAUGCCCUCUACGAUGGCUGGAGCUUGCCCAUGGUUCUGAAGAGAGUAGAGCUUGUCUAUGCCGAUGGGGCUGCUAGCUUUUCCAAGACACCAUACUCUUUGUUUAUCAAAUGGCUCUCUGAAGUGGAUGAGCAGGCAUCAGAUGAAUUCUGGAGAAGGAGACUUUCAGGGUCAUCGCCGCUGGUAUUUCCACAGGGUCAGCACACAGUGUCUGGCGAUUCUCAGAAUAACCAAACACUCUGCCACACCGCUUCGAUUUCACGAAGGACUGCAAGCACAGGCAUUACAGUGCCAACAAUUAUUCGCGCUGCAUGGGCCUUAAUCGUUGCUUCAUACUCUGGAUCAGACGAUGUCAUUUUUGGGGAGACUUUGGCCGGUCGUGACAUUCCGGUCCAAGGAAUCGCGGAUAUGAUCGGGCCUACCAUUACUACUGUUCCUACAAGGAUUCAAGUACAGCAAUAUCUCAAGGCGAUUAAUUUUCUACAGGAAAUUCAGAAGAUGGCUACAGAUGUUAUCCCAUAUCAGCAUGCUGGCCUGCAGCGUAUUAAACGCCUCAACUCGGAUGCCGAAAGUGCCUGCGAUUUCCAGAAUCUAUUAGUAAUUCAAAACGCUGAAGAAGAGGUCGUGGAUGGGAUAUGGAACAUUCAAGACAAUGGCCCCAUGGAUAACUUUUUCACGUAUCCACUAGUUAUUGAGUGCAAAGGGAGCCAGGAAAAGGUUCGGAUUACCGCUCAUUAUGACACCAAUAGCAUUUCGACCUGGGAAGUACAGCGGAUCAUGCACCAGCUCGACUACGUCUUGAAGCAAUUAAGUGACCUACCAAAACACGGUACGAGCAUGACUCUUAGUGAUAUACAAGUAUUCAGUCCUCAAGAUAACGAUCUGGUACGGGACUGGAACCGUACUCGACCCCAGUUUAUUGAAUCUUGCAUUCACGAUGAGUUUGAAGAGAUAGCCGAAUGUCAGCCGAACGCCCCUGCAGUGAGUGCUUGGGAUGGAGACUUCACUUACGCCGAAAUCAGAGAUCAUGCUACCAGACUGGCACAACACUUGGUAACUUUAGGAGUCCAGUCAGAGCAGUUUAUUCCAAUUUGCAUGGACAAAUCAGCGUGGGUGAUAGUGGCUAUGCUAGGAAUUUUCAUGGCCGGGGGCGCCUAUAUGCCGUUGGACCCUUCAGCACCAAUCUCACGACACAAGGAGAUGAUUCAGGAUGUCAAUCCAUUUAUUAUUCUCUGCUCCCCUAAAUAUAGCGAGAGCUAUGAUGGUAUUGUACAGAAAAUACUUUCAAUUUCUGGUGAGACGAUAAGCAAUCUUCCUAAACGGGACUCUAUCCAUGAGCUACAUCGAGCAAACAGCAGGAAUGCAGCAUAUGUCAUAUUUACUUCUGGUUCAACUGGCCGUCCUAAAGGGACCGUUGUUGAGCACCGGUCAAUAUCAACAAGCUGUGUUGCAAUGAGACGUAGUCUCCUUAUGAAGCCUACUUCCCGUGUCUUCCAAUUUGCUAGCUUUACUUUCGACGUGUCAAUUUUGGAGAUUUUCACCACGCUCACGUAUGGAGGCUGCGUCUGCAUUCCAUCUGAGGGUAUGCGAACCAGGGAUGUUGCUGAAGCAAUCAGGUCUUUAGAUGCCACAUGGGCUUUCUUGACUCCCUCCGUUGCAAAUCUCGUGGAGCCAUCAAAGGUCCCAUCACUGGAGGUUCUUGUGUGCGGUGGAGAGGCAAUGUCAAUCGAGAAUGUCGUGAAAUGGGCAGACAAGGUGAUUUUGGUGAAUGGUUAUGGACCUACCGAAGCAUCAAUUAUUGCUGUUGCAAAUCCAAUAGUAAGUAAACAGAAGGACCCUACCAAUAUUGGGAGAGCUUUGUCUAGCGGGCUUACCUGGAUUGUCGACCCUCAUGACCACAACCGCAUUACACCUGUUGGAUGUGUUGGUGAAUUACUCCUAGAUGGCCCUCUUCUGGCCAGGGAAUACUUAAACAAUAAAUCCAAGACAGACGAAGCAUUCGUCAAACAACCUGCUUGGACAGAUUUGUUUGAGCAUUUGCAACUCCAGGAACCAAAUCAACCACCCUCAUUCCACUCUACCAGAAUGUAUAGGACUGGAGAUCUUGUGAAAUAUAGCCAGGAUGGUUCAUUGAUCUUCAUCGGUCGGAAGGAUAAUCAAGUCAAGUUGCAUGGCCAACGUAUGGAACCUGGAGAAAUUGAACACGCGUUGGACCUAGACUCAGAGGUCCAACAUGCACUUGUAGCGCUACCCAAGUCCGGGCCUUUUAGGAAGCGGCUUGUGGCAAUAGUCUCGCUGGAUACUCUAUCAUCUUCUGCUUUGGCAAAAGGCGCUUGCGAGCUGAUAUUGCAUGGUCCUAAUGCAGCUACCGCUCACACCUAUGUUGCUGGGGUUCGAGAUCGACUAUCUUUAAUACUCCCUCCCUACAUGAUACCGAGUUCUUGGCUAGUGGUCUGGUCGAUUCCGUUAUUGCCUUCCGGAAAGCUAGACAGGCGGAAAGUCGAAAGUUGGCUUGCGAGCAUCGAUGAUGAGACAUACCAGCAGAUAAUUGAUGCGGAGGAUGAAGUUGACAAGGCGAUGCCGGUAACGGAGACCGGUAAACUACUGCAAGAUAUUUUCUCUCGUGUCUUAAACCUUCCUGCCCCCCAGGUUAAGCUAAGUCAAUCAUUCCUCCACUUAGGUGGGGAUUCAAUUAGUGCUAUGCAGGUCAUGGCCUUGUGUAGAAAGGCGAAUAUCAAUUUUUCCUUGUCUCAGGUCCUCAAAAGCACCUCAAUCCACCAGUUGGCUUCGAUUUCCCGCCAUGAAGAUGCUGUACAACACCAACAAGCAAUCUUCGACCAAGACUUCGACCUAUCACCUAUCCAGCAGCUGUACAUCCAAUCUCAAAAAGCUUCAUCGUACGUCGGAGAAGCACGCUUCAAUCAGAGCUUCUCUCUAGCAAUAACAAGGCACGUACGACCUCAGGAUCUCGAAAGCGCUAUCCAACAGAUAGUCGACCAACAUUCAAUGCUUCGAGCGCGAUUUGUAAAGAGUCCCGCUGGCGUUUGGCAACAGCGACUUAUAACUGAUACAUAUUCAUCCUAUCGCUAUCGAACCCAUCAAGUAGACGAUGAAAGCCAUCUCCCCGGGCUCGUGGCAGAAAGUCAAUCCUGCCUCGAUAUUGAGAAGGGUCCUUUGUUCGUGGUGGAUCUAGUCAACAUUUCAGGCAUGCCCCAAAUGAUAUUCCUUGCAGCCCACCACUUGAUAAUCGAUAUGGUGUCGUGGCGGAUUGUCCUAGCAGACCUGGAAGAGAUCCUGAAUACGGGAACACUCUCCUCACAACCAACUUUAUCCUUCCAAGUCUGGUGCAACUUGCAGGCCGAACGAAGCCUGAAGGACAGCAAUAUCAACCAGGCUACUACUCUGCCUUCCGCUAUUGCCGCUCCCAAUACGUCAUUCUGGGGUAUGGAUAGUCGAGAAAAUACAUAUGAAGACGUAGUCCGUGAAGCGUUCACGAUUAACAAAACAAUCACAAACCUAGCAAUGACCCAGAGCCAUCGAGCUUUAAAAACCGAGCCUCUUGAUAUUUUCCUCUCUGCGAUUGCGCACUCAUUUAGUCGGGUGUUUGUUGAUCGAGCGACGCCAGCAGUAUUCAAUGAGAGCCAUGGACGCGAGCCUUGGAAUUCAUCGAUUGACCUUUCUAGAACGGUUGGAUGGUUCACAACAAUUGCGCCUAUUCAUGCAGAUGUUGAUCUGGAGGAAGAUGAUGUCGUGGAUACGGUACGUCGGAUCAAGGAUAAUCGCCGAAUAUUACUCGAAAAUGGGCGCCCAUACUUUGCCCAUCAAUACCUUACCCCCGACGGGAGGGGUCAACUUCAAGGCCAUGGUGACACGAUGGAGAUAAUAUUUAACUACUUGGGGCGCAUGCAGCAAUUGGAGCACUCAGAUGCCCUCCUCCAGCAGUGGACAUACCCAGAGGAUGAACAAACUUCAAAGACAAUUUCUGAUGUCGGAAACAAGGCCACCAGAUUCGCACUUUUCGAGAUCUCAGCUGCGAUUGUAGAGGAUGAGAUCCAGUUUUCAUUCCUUUACAAUAAGCAAAUGUGUCACCAACAUGAUAUCAAACGAUGGGUUUCUGAAUGUCAAGAAACGCUGGAGGAAAUUGUUCAGCGUCUUUCGUGCCCUACUCUAGACCCCUCGUUCACCCUCAGCGACUUUCCGCUACUUCCAAUAUCUUAUGACGAUCUAGAAAAGAUUGUAAAACACUCGCUACCUGAGGUGGAAGAUAUCUUCCCAGCCGCCCCCUUACAAGAAGGUCUUAUUCUUAGUCAGCUUAAAGACCCAAGCCUAUACCACUUCCACGCUAUCAUGGAAGUUCUCCCUGCUGAUGACCUCAUUCCCAUCGAUGGGCAACGCUUAGCGGAGGCGUGGCAGCGAGUGGUCGAUUACCACCCAUCCCUCCGAACGGUAUUUGCCGAUAGCGUCUACAAAGGGGAUAUCUUCAAUCAAAUUGUUGUCAAAAAGGUCGACAGCGGUAUCGCUCUUUUGCGGUGCGAUGGUGGCGAGCAUGAAGCUGUGCAACAGCUCAGCCCUAUGUCAAUUCUUGAUUUCAAUUACAAAAAGCAACCACGACUUCCUCAUCAGGCUUUCAUCUGCGAGACAUCCAGCGGUAAGGUCUAUCUCAAGGCAGAGGUCAACCACGGUGUUAUCGAUGGAGCAUCCGUGAAUAUUAUGCUCCGGGAUCUGGCAAUGGCUUAUCACGGAACCCUUCCUGAAGAGUCAGCGCCGUUGUAUAGCGAAUAUGUUGCAUACGUUAAAAGCCAACCAGCUGGUGCAGGACUUACUUUCUGGGGGUCAUAUCUAGAAGGGGCACGUACUUGUCUUUUUCCGACACUCAGAGCACAGCCUCCGUAUGAAAAGAAGCUCGGGUCUCUUUGGUUGAGAUUCGAUCGAUUCUCCGAAUUGCAAGAUAUGUGCAAGAACAUGAAGAUCACGUUUGCAACAGCCGUCCAGGCGGCCUGGGCGUUCUGUCUUCGCCUUUAUACAAAUUCCGACGAUGUCUCCUUUGGUUAUCUAACAUCGGGCCGUGAUGUGCCGGUCAAAGGGAUUCAGGACACGAUGGGGGCUUUCAUCAACAUGUUAGUGUGUAGAGUCAAAUUCUCGAAUGAAUCGACGCUCAAAGAGCUCUUUGACAAAGUUCAAAAUGAUUUCAUCGAUUUCUUGGAUCAUCAGCACUGUUCACUGGCACGAGUUCAACAUGAAAUCACCGGUGGAAAGGCCUUAUUUAAUACUGCGAUGUCUAUCCAAGGUGAUAGCGCAAGUGACAAACUCGAGUCAACCUCGAUUAAUUUCACUCCUGUUGCGGCACAUGAUCCCAGCGAGGCAAUAUGCGGUAACUAUUAA